AUGCCUUUCCUGUCAUUUGCCCGUGCGCUGGAACUGAGGAGGCAGCUGGAAGGAACCAGAGCGGAGGUUGUCUGUAUCGGCUCCGAUGAUUAUGCGACGAGUAUUCGCCGAUGGAGUGACACGUGCGAAAAAGAAGCUGGGGCUGUUGUACGUGUAACCAGCACGUCAGAGGUGGCGGAGGUAGUACGCUUCUGCCGGAAGAAUCACAUCGACUUCGUUGUCGAGGCUGGUGGACACUCCACCACCGGAGCUUCCUCGUCGCAUGGAGGCGUAGUAAUCAGCAUGGCUAGAAUGUGCAAGGUCUUGACAGACCCUGCCUCUGAGACGGUGUGUGUUCAGGGAGGCGCUAACUGGGAUAUGGUCAAUCAUUCAACUGCUCCUUACGGGCUAGCUGUGGUAGGCGCUACCGCCAGUCACUCUGGGGUAGGCGGGUCAGCAUUAGGAGGUGGUUUCGGAUGGCUAACCGGGCAGCACGGCCUGAUUGCAGACCAGUUGCUGAGUGUCAAGAUGGUCCUAGCCGACGGCAGCAUUGUUGAAGCCUCGGACGAGGAUAACCAAGAUCUUUUCUGGGCGGUGCGCGGAGCUGGACAAGCCUUUGGUGUUGCUACCGAGUUUGUAUUCCGUGCUCACAAAGUCCGAGACAGGUUCUUCGGAGGGUUGGUAUACUACGAUGUGGAUAAGCUGCCAAUGCUGGUCUCGUUUGCAAAUGAGUUCGAUAAACGUCAGGAUCCGAAGAGUGGUUUCUUUUUUGGAUUCGCAGCUCCACGAGAGAUAGGGCACAUGGUAGUGCUGGCCGUACUCUUCUACGACGGGUCUGCGUACGACGGCGAAGCAUUCUUUGAGCCUAUCCUAAAUCCGAACCCGCUGAUCAACCGAGCUGCCAUGAAGUCGUACAUAGAGAUGAAUUCAAUUGCUAAUGUCGACCCGGUGCCAGAAGGCCGCAAAAGCAUCGGUGGUGCCAACAUCAUGCCACCUCUCGAGACAAGCCUUUUGCAGAAUCUCUACAGUCAGUUUAAAGAGGCUAUGAAUACGUACCCUCGUAUGGAAGACAGCGCAUUGGUCUUCGAGCUGUUGCCUUAUACGAAGGCCGUGCAGGUUCCUAUUAAGGAGACCGCGUGUGCCAAUCGAGGACCUUAUUACAACGUUGGUCUCAUAUUAUGUUGGCAUGACUCUGAUCUAGAUGCGAAGAUGCAUGCUCUUCAACGGAGCAUUAUCUCCAAAAUCUUGGAAGCGCAACGAGACAUUACUGAUGAUCAUGCUGUGGUGUAUCCCAAUCUUGCCGGACAUGACGUUAGUGCCGAGAAGCUAUUUGGUGCUAACCUGCCUCGGCUACAGAAGCUGAAGAAGAAGUAUGAUCCGCAUAAUGUAUUCCGCAAGUGGCAUGAUCUACUUGCACCAGCAAGAUCCCAUGUAGAGCAGACAGACAAACCCUAG